AUGGAGGGUUUUAUUCCAGGCCAAGAAGGGUCAGCAGAAAUUGUGUUUUUCGAUAUAGAAACUACGGUGCCGAACCGAGCCGGUCAAAGGUUCUGGGUGUUAGAGUUUGGUGCCAUUGUAGUUUGUCCGAGGAACCUUGUUGAGCUAGAGAGUUAUAGUACCCUAAUCAAGCCUAAGGACUUGUCUGCCGUUGCAUUGAGGUCCGGCCGAUGUGAUGGGAUAACUAGAGAUACUGUUGCGAAUGCGCCCAGAUUCGAGCAAGUUGCUGAUAAGAUAUUCAACCUCUUGAAUGGUAGGAUUUGGGCUGGUCAUAACAUUCAAAGAUUCGAUUGUGUUCGUAUUAAGGAGGCAUUUGCUGACAUUGGUAGGCCUCCUCCUGUACCUGUUGGCAUCAUUGAUUCUUUAGGAGUUCUCAGUGACAAGUUUGGCAAAAGAGCUGGUAAUAUGAAGAUGGCAAGCUUGGCCAAUUACUUUGGGCUUGGGCAGCAAAAACACAGGAGCCUGGAUGAUGUUCGCAUGAAUCUAGAGGUUCUCAAGCAUUGUGCAACUGUGCUCUUUUUGGAAUCAAGCCUCCCUAGCAUAUUGAAUGGCAGUUGGCAGAGCUCCCCGACGAUAACGACACGGAGUAGAAGCGGCGCCGGAAAAUCGACAUGCUGGGAAGAAACCAGAAGGAAAUCAUCGUCCCCACCUUCAGUUGGAUAUCAAAGAUCAGUUCCCUACACAAGGGGAAGUUUGGGAAAGGUGACCGAAAGAAUGAAGAAUCUAUUGUGUAAAGCUCAAGGAAGCCAGCCUGUUAACAACUUGCUCAAGCAUUCUCAUUCACUGCUCAGAUGAAUCAGAAAAGAGUAAGUUCAAUGAGAAUAUGGCAUGAAGCACAA